CUAGCGCUUUCACUGCUUAGUUAUUCCUUUCUUGGAACACUGGCAGGGGCUUUGUUCUUGUGCUUGCCUCUUCAGGGUUUCGUCCUUCGUUAAGCAAAGACCAAUUAAAGAUACAUUCCUAGGUUCUUUUCCCGCUAAGAGAGAUUACCUUAAUUAAUUCAGAAGCUACACAUAAAACAGCAACUUCUCUCUGAGUCCAAACGUUCAGUUCUAAACAUGGCGGCCCCAGCAACCAGCUCCGGCGCCACCAUUGUUAGCCAUCAGGACGCCUUCAGGACUGUGUUAGAUCGGAAGAACCGUUUACUCCCAGUCGUCCGCGAGUACUUGAGGCAGACAGGCGACGAUCUGGCGCACGUCGACGUCGAAGGCAACACAGUUCUCCAUUUUCUGGCCAUCGACGGCGAUGCAGUUGCCUUCAGAGAGCUCAAAAAAGACGGCCUGCCGACGAUCCAAAUGCUGAAGAAAGGAAACUUCAGAGGCGACACGCCCUUGCACCAAGCCGCGAGCUUUGGGCGCCUUAAUGUCGUCAAAAUCAUAAUGGAGAGGGACCCCGAGUUGGCUUUGGUGCGCAAUAAUUUGGGCGAGACGCCGCUGUACGUUGCGGUUGCCGCCGGGAACAAAGAUGUGUUUGAUUUUGUGAUGCAGAAACCAGAAGUCAAGGAAACCAUUACUACAAGGAGAAAUGACGGUUGCACUCUACUCCACGCCGCCGUACUGGGAGAAUACUAUAGUCUAGCUUUGGACAUAGUGAAAUCAUUUCCAAAUCUUGUUGAAGCACAUAAUGAGAAAGGAGAAACUGCAUUGAAUCUGUUAGCCAGCAAGCCGGUUUCCUUCAAAAGCGGGUCAGCAUAUUCGUUCAUAAAUCUGGGCGGUAGAUCAUUCAUUCCAGGACAACUGAUUCGCUGUAUAUCCUAUCUCCCAGUGUUUAUUCCACCAAUAGAUAAGAGAACAAUACCGAUAGCAGAUGCGGAAAGUCAACCCCGAAAUCGAUUUAUCCUGCAACAAAUAGCUUCUUGGCUAACGGAUCUAAAAUGGAAACUAAUAUCAGGGUACCGAUGGAUUCUUAGAGCAGUUUCCAUUUUGAUUAGAGGAGUUGUUGAUGUAAAGCAAAAGCACGCAUUAGCUGUAUUGCUAGCCAAAAGGUUAAUUGCAAAAGAAAAUGAUUGGAGCCACUACACUUAUGGAGAAAUCUCAAUGGACCUAAGGAAAAAUCAAGGCAAAACCAAUGACUCGGCUCUUCUACACCCUAUACGACUGCGUACUAUGCAUUUUUCUGCAGUUACUGCUUCACCCAAAAAUAAUAAAAUGAGAAACCCGCUCAUUCAAGCCGUAGAGAACAGCAUUGAAGAGUUAGUUGAGGAAAUACUAGAAAGAUUCCCGGAUGCAGCAUAUACUGUUGACAAGAAUGGAAAGAACGUACUGCAUAUAGCAGUGGAGCAGAAAGAUAAGCUGCUAUAUGACUACUUGAAGACAAAAGUUCGCAAGGACGUGAUGCUGACGGCCACUGAUGACCAGGGAAACACCAUUCUGCAUCUUGCAACAAAGCAAGGAAAUAGCCCUAGAAUUCUUCUAGGACAUAUGAACCAGAUGGCCUGGGAUGUAUGUUGGUUUAAGAGGGUAUGGUAUGAUUCUUCCUGUCAUUUCCAAUAUCACCGUAACUUAGAGGGGAAGACUCCAGGUGAACUGUUUCAAGAAAAUCAUGUCAUCUUAAGAGAAAAAGCCGAGAAGGCACUCAAAGAUAUGAACACUGGGUUAAUGUUGGUUUCUACUCUCAUUGGCACGGUCAACUACGCAACAUUAUUUACCAUCCCCGGAGGCUAUAAUGACGACACUAAAGACGGUAAAAGUUUCGGUCGUCCAAAGUUUUUUAGUACCAGGAAAGAAGAUCAACUUUUGUCGUUCCUGUGGUACGCUGGGGUAUCUUUAUUUUGCUCUGGAAUUGCUUUGGCAACCAUGCUUUUGAUUCAGCUAUCGAGGUUUACCAACGACGACUUCUACAUGACCUUGCCAUUGAGAUACGUUGGUUCUUUGGCUGCCCUGUUUGUCUCAGCCAUCUUUACAGUCACAGCUUGCGUUCAGACCUAUCUCCUCCUCGAAAUAAAUGUCAGCCCAUACUAUCUAAUGUGGCCACUCAUAGGCUACAUAAUCAUUCUUUCUGUAGAUGUAGUGUACCUCACCCUCGACUACAUGUAUUUUUGUCUCCGUUGUGCCGUUUCAUUUACCGGUCAAGAAAUGUAGAUCCAUUCGAACUCCUUCAAAGCUUUCUCUCGUUUCUCUUUUAGAUGUAAACUGCAUCAU